CGGUACCUGUGCUGUGAGUACUUUUAAAUUGACUGCCGUCAGGUGCAACAUGUCGCCUGUCGCCUACCUCCUGUUGGUGUGGGUCUCUGGAGCCCUGGCCUUCCUGAUAGGGCCGGUGCCCAACCUGCCCAUGACGGGACCAGCGACGGGGGAGGAGGGCAAGUUUCGUUUCGCAGCUGUGGCCUCAAACACGGACACCUGCGCUCGGGUGGGGACUGACAUGAUGGCUAAAAAUGGCGGCAAUGCCGUGGACGGUAUGGUCGCUACUUUGAUCUGCAAUGGUCUCGUCCGUUACCAGAGCAGUGGCAUUGGUGGGGACAGUAUGUGGACAAUAUACCACAGGAAAACUGGCCAAGCCUACGCCAUCAACGCCCGCUCUACUGCACCCAAGGCCAGCUACCCCACCAUGUACGCCAACAGUUCCCGAGGAACCAUUGAAGGUGGGAGCUCCGUGGCAGUUCCAGGUGAGGUGCUGGGGAUGUGGGAGGCUCACCAGCUCCUGGGGCGCCUGCCGUGGAAGGAACUCUUUCAGCCAUCCAUUAGGCUGGCACUGGAGGGCUUCCCAUGUGAGCCCAUUCAGGCUUCUGCCAUUAGGAGUCAGUUGAACUCCGGAGUUUAUGACCGCUGGCCACAGCUCAGAAAUCUUGUGACCAACCCAGAAACACAGACGUGGUACCGGGCAGGGGAGACGGUUCGAAACCCGAAGUUGGCCCACACCCUACAGCGGCUGGCAGACGGCGGGGCAGCAGAGUUUUACAACGGAAGUCUGGCUGACGAUAUGGUGGCUGAGAUACAAGCUGCAGGUGGAAUCAUCACAAAGGAAGAUUUCAGCUCCUACGCUGUCCAGUUCCAGACACCCCUCCGGCUCGAUCUCCAUGGCAACCUAACCAUCUUCUCACCUGGACUGCCAUCUAGCGGUCCUGUCUUGCAUUACAUUCUCAAUAUUUUGUCGGGCUACCAGAUGAGCCCGGACGACAUCUCGACUGACGACAAAACAGUGCUCACCUACCACCGCAUGAUUGAGUCCUUCAAACACGCCUACUCGGCCAGGUCGAAGAUGGGCAGUACAGACGGCGAGACGGCAGAUUUUGUUCGGGAAAUGGAGCAGCUUGUGGCCAACAUCACGUCUAGAGAUCAAGGGGAGGCGAUCAGGGCCAGCAUAUCUGACACGACCACAUACCCGUGGACGAGUUACCACCCUUCGUUUGUCGUGACCGAGGACCACGGGACGUCAAAUCUGGCUGUGCUGGGCCCUGAUGGUGAUGCCGUCACGGUGACGUCAACGGUCAACUUGUUUUUCGGCUCUAAGGUCGUGGGGGACAAGACCGGGGUCGUGUACAACAACCUGAUGGACGACUUCUCCGUACCGGACCGGGUCAACGACUUUGACGUGGAGCCCUCCCCCGCCAACUUCAUCAAGCCCGGCAAACGACCGCUGUCGUCCAUGUCGCCGUCGGUCGUAGUCGACCAGGAGGGUCAGGUGGUGCUGGCCGUGGGGGCGGGGGGCGGCACCAAGAUCACCACCACCACCGCGUUUCUGACCGCUAUGACGCUGUGGAUGGGUGAAGGGAUCAAAUCUUCCAUCGACGCUCCACGCAUUCACCAUCAGCUCUACCCAGAUGUGGUCGAGAUGACAGCCGUGUCACCACAGUGGCUGCUUGAAGGCUUACGUCACAAAGGUCACAAUGUCACAAUCACUUCCGGUGUAUUCAGCAGCCCUACAGGUAUACUACAGCGUCAAGAAGGGGCCGUAACUGCCAAUGCCCAGAACGCAACAGUGGACGGCUACUAAUGUUUACUUUAGUCAACAAUGGACGGCCACUGAAGUUUUCUUUAGUUAACAUUGGACGGCCACUUACUUUUCCUUUAUCGGUAGAGGAUACUAGUUUUUUUUAGUUAACGGGUCAUUAGUGGAUAUAUUUUCUAGAAAUUCUAACUGAUCAAAAUAAAUAAAUAAAUAUUUAA